AUGAAGUACCUUCUCUUAUUUGUCAUUCUCUUCUUUAUAACAUUGCAAGUAUCCGGAGGAUGCCUUGAUGAGUGCGAAUGCCAACCAUUUACAAACCUUGCGCUAGGACGCCUUCAGACUAUUUCCAACAUGUCUUUCACCGAGGGAGCUGGAUGUGUUAAUAAGCUGUUCUGUAAAAACAAUAAUAUAUUAGGUCUAGGUUCUACAUUCUCACGUUCUGAGUUAGACAAACCAGUGGAAAGUGCUCUUGAACCUAUUGACAUACUCCCACCGGAUGAUGUGAAACGGGAGGAAGUUGAGGCGUUCUCGCAGUUCGGAAUUAUUUGUGAAAACGGAACGUGGUAUGCGACAAAAUAUCCAAGAGUUCGUUAUAACCACGGAGGAAUGAUCGGCUUUCCUCCUCCGUUCAGUCAAUACGAUGGGAAAAAAUCUGAAAUUGUUUUCUUUGUUUGGUGA